AUAAUUUACCUGAAUUCAUAUGGAAUAUAAUGACCUGACACGAUGAUAAGAAAGAAAUUAUCAAAUUCCAGCAAUUGACUCUGCACAUUGAUUUAUUUAAAGAAAGAAAUUCGAUUCGUUUACAAUUUUUCAACAAACUAGAGUCCACCCAACUCUUACUCCUUUUUUAGGGUUAAAAAUAUAUAUUAUCCAUUGGUCUAAAUUUACCAUCAUUUUUUAACUUAAACCCGGUUCUAUGCUCGAGAUCUCCCACGAUGAAGUGGACCCCAAAUCAUUCACUGCCAAUUUUAACGGGCAACCGGCCUAUACAGCGAAACCGGCGAUAAUCAACGCCACCACCCGCUCAGGCCGUCACGGGGGCAUUGGCGAUGACGAUGAAAAAAAUCUCUCCAUCUUGGUUGUUAACGGAUUCGAAAACCGGAAUUUUUUCAACGGGAGCGAUAACUCGGACAGCGAUACGGCUCUCAACGAGGCGGGGAAAAUAUGUAUGCUCAAAAAUGGGAAAGCUCAUUCGGAAGAAAGUGGAGAGAAUGAUUUGGAGGAGAAUGGGGAAAAGAUAGGAGUGGCUCGAAUGGGCGACGGGGAGGAACAGUCCAAGCUGGACCCGGUUUACCAAGGAUUAAUGCUCAUGGAAGAUGACUCCAUAUUUGUUGAUCAAGAUUUGGUCCUGCUGGCCAAACUGGAAGAAGCUAAUAGGGUCUUAGAGAACGAUUCCCGUUCACUUCUGGGGGGUGGAAACGGGCCCAGCAGUCAAUCGUCCACUUCCUCUCAAUGCAGUCUCCACUCUGGGCUUGCUCAUCAGAUGCCUACUUUUCAAAGUGCCACCACUCAAUCAGCACCGAAUUCGUCAUGUAAUACCCUUAAGAAUCCCGCCAAUCCAGUUCUACACGCUAACACUUCUAGCUCCCGUUUAGCGUUUAUUUUCUCUUCCUUUCCAUUAUCAACUGCUAAAACCACUCCGCUAGACGUAUGCCCAGAUCAUAAUGAACCACCCGAACCCGAGGCGACUUGGGCCGCCUGGAGCGAUCUUUUAAUGGAUUGGGAAACGCGGAGCCCCAAAAACGCCUCUCGCAUUAAAGAACUAGUACUCAGAGGGAUACCCCAACCUUUCCGGGCUAUGGCCUGGCAACUGUUGAGUGGUUCAGUCCCGCCUACCUUCCUUAGCCCCACCUCUCUGACGCCCAUUUACUCGGAAUUGCUCAAGAAACACUCGCUCUACGAGAAACUCAUUCGACGGGAUAUUACUCGCACUUACCCUGAGCACAGCUUCUUCAAGGAACCCGGGAGCGCCGGCCAGGAGAGCCUCUUCAACGUUAUGAAGGCUUACUCGUUGCACGAUCCUGAGGUGGGUUAUUGCCAGGGUAGCUGCUUCAUCGUGGGAUUGCUUCUAAUGCAGAUGCCAGAAGAGGAAGCCUUUUCGGUGCUUACCAAAAUUAUGCACAAAUACAAUCUUAGGAAACUGUUCAAACCAUCUAUGUCCGAGCUUGCUCUAUGCAUGUAUCAACUCGAGUGCUUGAUUCAAGAAUUCACGCCUGACCUGUUCAAACAUUUUCAAGAUAACAAUUUUCACGCCUCUUUAUACGCUUCCCCUUGGUUCCUAACGUUGUUUAGUUCAUCAUUGCCGCUCGAGACGGCAUUCAGGAUAAUGGACGUAUUUUUGCUCGAAGGUAUAGACUUGAUUUUCAAAGUAGCAGCGGCCCUGUUAUUCUUGAGCAAAGAGGAUUUACUUGUCCUGGAUAUGGAAGGAAUGCUGCAGUAUUUUCAAAGAGACAUUCCCAGUCGACUCGGUAAAGACCCGGAUCUACUUUUCCACGUGGCCUUCGGAUUGGUUCCAUUCAAUGAACGCAAGAUGAAGCGUAUGGAGAAAGAGUUCACUGGCAUCAAGGUCAAACAGCAGGAGGAGCUGGGUCAGAUCCGCAAACUCAAACAGGAGAACAGGCUACUCAAGCAGAGGAUCCAGUACUUGGAACAGGAGAGCGCCUCAUUGGCCGAUAAACUCAUACAGGGUCAGGUCUCCCGGGCCGUGCAGGCCGAGGAAAAUUUUUCCUUGAAACAGGACUUCAACGAGUUAAGAAAAGUUCUGGACGACAAGGACGAGAGCCUCCGAAUGGCUUUAAACCAGAUUAGCUGGAUCAAGGAGCUGGAAAACGGGAACGAAGAACCUUCUCGAGUUGACCAAAAAAAAUACGAAGAAGUAGUCAAUACUCUCCAGCAAGAACUACUGGCCGUCAAGUACCGGGAGGCUGAAUGCUUGUCCGGUUUAGACGAUUACAAUAAGAAAUACGAUCGAUUGGAACACGAAUAUCGAACCCUAAAAAUGUCGAAUGAUAGCUUCAGGCAAGGUGGGCAACAAGAACUGGAUUUUCUUAAACUCAAGGAAAUCGAGUCACAUGUUAAAUCUCUCCGACAAAAAAUUCAGGAAUUCGCCACACAAUGGGAACAAUAUGUAGCUUGGACGACAUCCCUUAACCAAACCCCCCCUUCCGCUUUACCGCUCCACUCCUCUCCCCCUCUUUUGCCGCCUUCCGACCUACUCACCUCUUCCCUUUUACAUAACUCGAGUAUAGCGGAACCUCCGCUAACUCACAACGGCGUUUAUACUUCGCUAGACCUCACCGUUCUCCACACGGACCUUUGCAGGAAAGACAAGAAAGUUCUGAAGCAGUUGAUCGAUUACCUGGUAAACCUAAAGCUAAACGAGACUAACUUUCUGUCGGAGUCGGGUGAUCUAAAGGCCCAGCUAGUUGAACUUCAGUCCCAGAUAAACGCCCAAACGAAAUCUGUCGAAAGUGCAAAUAAAAAUUUCCAAUAUUAUAGGGACAAAUUCGAAGAGUACUAUAACCGCGACACCGACACUCAAAAGAAAAUGAAAUCCUUGCAAUAUGACUUAUCCGAAUCGCAAUCUCAGUUGCAGGAAAAAUCAUGGUCACUGAAACUUCGCGAAACGGAACUAAUGGAACGCCUGGCGGAGGCUGAGGAAUCCGCUUCCCGAUUGGCUACACAAAAGCAAGAGAAUAUUUUGAACGCGUCUCUCGUAGAGGUCCCAUGCGAAAAUCCGAACGGAUCGGUCACUAACUCGGAACACGAAGAGCGGGAAGAGGAGGUGGGGUCGGACGAUCCUGGAUCUAAUCAUCCCAUCGACACUAUUUCAUUGGCUAAAACGACCGGUGGUGGGAUAGAAUUCACGGAUACUGAUUCAUCUUCCCUUAUAUCUUUGGAAGAAUCUAUGCAAAAAAUUAAACAUUCAUAAAGCUUCAUUCUCUUCUAUAGCAAAUGGCAGAUCGUAGAUUUUUAACGCUUAUCUCGGUGUAUUAUACGUCGUGAAAAUGGUUCUAGAUUCCAAAUUAUUUAAUAUGCAACAAAAAACACAACUUUAAUAAUAAUAUAUUUGU